UCCAUAUCCACUCUUUUCACCUUGAACACCAUGGCUGCAGUCACUGCCCAUGGACACAUUAAUGGAACCAGUACCCCAGAAUUGGCUCCUUCGAGGUUCUCUACUGGCCUUAUAUUACCUCCUCCAGAAAUAAAAUCGGUUAUUGACAAAACUGCCACUUUCAUCGCUCGUUCUGCAAACCCACCUCAGUUCGAAGAUAAAAUACGGGAGGGUCAGCGAUCUGACCCAAAGUUCUCUUUUUUGAAUCCGGCCGACCCUUACCAUGCCUAUUAUCGACACAAACUUGACAAGAUUUUUCAAGGAGGGGGAGAAGAGGAGACUCCGCAGGGCAAAGAAGUUCCUACGGAAGGUCCAGACACGCCCAGUAAAACCAGUAUCGUUGACGUUGCAUUAGAACCACCAACGCCUGAGUUCAUAUUGGAUAUGCCGAAUAUCAGCGCAAUUGACCUUGAUAUUAUGAAGCUCACUGCGCUAUUCACGGCUCAACGAGGGCGCAAUUUUCUUACUCCUCUUUCGGCAAAGGAAGGACGGAACUACCAGUUUGAUUUCCUUUGGCCGACUCAUUCAUUAUUUGGGUAUUUCAACCGACUCGUAGAUCAGUACACCAAAGUCUUACAUCCAAACAAGGAUACCAUAGAAGACUUGAAAAAUCGUGCUGACGAUGGUUCACGUUGGAGGACGUUAGAAAUUUCGCGCAAAUACGCGAAAUGGGAGAGAAAUAAACGAGAAAAGGAGAAGAAACGAUUGGAUGACCAAGAGGCGGAGAGAAUUGCUUUCGCCGAGAUUGAUUGGCAUGACUAUGCAAUUGUGCAGACUAUUGAAUUCACGGUGGCUGAUGCGACCUCAGAAUUACCCCCACCGAUGAGUGUGCAAGAAGUCGAAAAUAUGACGUUGGCACAGAAACGAAUGGCAGCUAUGAUCAUGGAAAAUACGGCGGAGGACGUGGAGGCGCACCGUGCCAAGCAAGCUGCUGCUGAAGCUGAAGCCGCCGCUGCCGUCGGUAAUGCAGGAAUGGCGAUUGACGAUGUAGCGAUGGAGGAGAGCGAUGACGAAGGGGAAGAAAUGGAAGAACGGGCCAGAAAGAACGAAGAAGAGCGUCAAAGGGAAAUUGAAAGAGCAAAGGCGUUACAAGCGAGCUCGACCAAUGCGGGUGGACCGAUGAAAAUCAGGACGGAUUACGUUCCAAAACUGGGUGCAAAGAACGCAAAGACUGCUAUGACAAAAUGUACUAUAUGUGGUCAACAAAUUCCGGUGGACGAACUGCAAGAACACAUGCGCAUCGAACUCCUGGAUCCAAGGUGGAAAGAACAACGCGAUGAUCUCGAGCGUCGCAAGGCACAGGCGUCCGAAUUACAGCGUGGUGCAAAUGUCGUGUCCUCUUUGAAAAAUCUUGCACGAACUCGUGUGGAUAUUUUCGGUGCGGAGGCGGAUGAAGAGAGGCGGAAAAAGGAGGAAGAGGAAGAGCGGGAACGCAGGAAAGAGAGGGAGAAGGUUGUUUGGGAUGGUCACACGGCAUCGAAAGCAAAUACCUUGGACAAGUUCUCGACAAAUGUCAAUUUCGACGAACAAAUCGCGGCCAUUCACCGCGCCAAAGGACUUGGACCCCAAGAGGCAAACGCGAUGGGACCUGGCAUCGGUCCUGCUGCUGCACCGCCCCCUUUGACCAGUCUCCCUCCACCGCACGCAUCGUUGCCUCCUGUUCCUCAAGCUUCAAGUAACCCGGCGUACUCCACUGCGACCGUCUCCUCGGGCCCUCAACCAGCAUCUGCUUACCAACCUGCUCCGGUUAUGCUUCCGCCCUUACAUUUCCAAGGAAUUGAAGCGCCCCAGCCGUUCGGCUAUCAACCUCCUGGUGUGCAUCCAUCUCGUGCUGCGGCGCUAGCUGCUGCCAACGGCGCACUCCAAACCGGAGUUACCCGAACUGCUGAUCAAAUGGAAGGCGGGGGAGAAGAUGAGAUACCUCCUGCCAAACGACAGAGGGUCAAUAAGAUGCCUGGAAGUACCAUGUUUUCGGAAGAAGACUGGAUCGCUAUGCAUCCUCACCCUAUAUCGCUGCAAGUACAAUUGCCAAAUGACCCAUCCAAACCGGAAUGGAAGUUGGAUGGCAAAGUGGUUACUAUCCCUGAUCUCCCUUUGAAUCUCCUGGUGUCAACGCUGCGUGACCGUAUCCUACAACAUGCUGGAAGCAGUGUUCCUGCGUCCCGAAUUCGGUUGUCGUACGCCGGCAAGAUGCUCACAAACAAGAAUACCAUCGCCAGUUAUAAUCUAGAGGACGAAGAGACGUUGAUAUUCAGUGUCAGCGCGGGAAGAACAAAUAGAUAGGAGGGACACCGUGUCUAUUGUUCAGGUUGCAUGGUUAAAUCAAUCUCCAGUACUUCAUUGAUACUUAGUAUAUAAGUAUAUGACCUUGUUGA